AUGGCAAAGAUCAAGAUUGGGAUUAAUGGGUUUGGAAGGAUCGGUCGCUUGGUUGCGAGGGUUGCUCUGCAAAGAGAUGAUGUAGAGCUUGUUGCUGUUAAUGAUCCAUUCAUCAGCACUGAUUACAUGACAUACAUGUUUAAGUAUGACAGUGUCCAUGGACACUGGAAGCAUAAUGAGGUGAAGCUGAAGGAUGAAAAGACCCUUCUUUUUGGUGAUAAGCCGGUCACUGUGUUCGGCUACCGGAACCCUGAAGAGAUCCCAUGGGCUGCAGCUGGGGCUGAGUUUGUUGUGGAGUCUACUGGAGUCUUCACUGACAAGGAUAAGGCUGCUGCUCACUUGAAGGGUGGGGCCAAGAAAGUUGUGAUAUCUGCCCCCAGCAAAGAUGCACCAAUGUUUGUUGUGGGUGUCAAUGAGAAGGAAUACAAAUCCGAGUUGAACAUCGUCUCAAAUGCUAGCUGCACCACAAAUUGCCUUGCCCCAUUGGCUAAGGUUAUUAAUGAUAGGUUUGGCAUUGUGGAGGGCCUCAUGACCACUGUCCACUCAAUUACUGCUACUCAAAAGACUGUGGAUGGCCCAUCGAGCAAGGACUGGAGAGGUGGAAGGGCUGCCUCGUUCAACAUCAUUCCCAGCAGCACUGGUGCUGCCAAGGCGGUUGGGAAAGUGCUUCCGGCUCUAAACGGCAAACUAACGGGCAUGUCUUUCCGAGUCCCCACCGUUGAUGUCUCUGUUGUUGACCUGACAGUAAGGCUGGAGAAAGAGGCCACAUAUGAAGAAAUAAAAAAUGCCAUCAAGGAAGAAUCUGAGAACAAGCUCAAGGGCAUCUUGGGUUACACUGAAGAUGAUGUUGUGUCCACCGAUUUUGUGGGUGAUAGCAGGUCGAGCAUAUUUGACGCCAAGGCUGGAAUUGCACUGAGCAGUAAAUUCGUGAAGCUCGUGUCGUGGUACGAUAACGAAUGGGGUUACAGCUCUCGUGUGAUCGACCUCAUUGUCCACAUGGCUUCUGUUGCCUGA